ACUCGGGGAGAGAAACUUUUAGGUAAAGCCGCGUGGCGGUACAGUGGUUGAAUAAAAACGAGCGAGUAGGACCACGAGGACACGAGAGAGAAAGAAAGGGAAAAAGAAAGAAAUUUCCGGGAAAAGGAAAGAGACGAGAGGGGAGCGAUUGAGUGGUGGAACGAAGAAUAGAGAGAGUCGCACUUUUCAAGGGUUUCUGAAUUUUCGAUCCGUCCAAACAUUAAUGGCGAUGUUUCUUCUCAGGAAAAUAAGUGUUCGGGCUGCGUAGAGGAUUUAAUUUUUUUUUUUUCUCUGAAGACAAACAAACUUUCUGUUAUCUCUGUUCUUGUUUGUUUUUUUUUUCUUUUAAUCUUGUAGUCGCAGAAGGGGAAAGGUAGGGUGAGAGAUGUCGUCUCCGUUUUCUUCUUCUUCUUCUUCUUCUUCUUCAGCUACUGUGCGAGUCGAGAAGGCGACCAGCGACCUUCUCAUCGGUCCUGAUUGGACUAUGAACAUCGAUAUUUGUGAUACGAUCAAUUCUAAUCAUUGGCAGGCUAAAGAGGUGGUUAAAGCUGUGAAAAGAAGAUUGCAGCAUAAGAAUCCUAAAGUUCAACUACUCGCAUUGACGCUUGUGGAAACCAUGGUGAAGAACUGCGGCGAUUAUGUCCAUUUUCAAAUUACUGAGAGGGCUAUUCUACAGGAAAUGAUAAAAAUUGUGAAGAAAAAGGCUGAUAUGCAGGUGAGAGAGAAAAUCUUGGCCCUGCUAGACUCUUGGCAAGAAGCAUUUGGUGGGCCAGGAGGAAAACAUCCUCAAUAUUAUUGGGCAUACGAGGAGCUAAGACGUGCUGGAGUAGAAUUUCCCAAGCGUUCAUUAGAUGCUGCUCCAAUAUUUACACCACCUGUUACCCAUCCAAUUGUAAGACAUCCUCAAUCAGGAUACGGAAUGCCGAGCAAUUCUACCAGAAGGCUUGAUGAAGCAAUGGCAUCAGAGAUGGAAAGUGUCAGUUUAGCAAGCAUGGAUUCCAUGCAGGAGGUUAUGCAGCUCCUAGCUGAUAUGCUGCAAGCUGUGGACCCAAGUGAUCAUCAGGCUGUAAAAGAUGAAGUGAUAGUUGAUCUUGUUAAUCAAUGCCGUGCUAACCAAAAAAGGCUGAUGCAGAUGCUAACUUCAACGGGGGAUGAGGAACUUCUUGGUCGAGGUCUUGAAUUAAAUGAUGGCCUCCAAAGUUUGCUUGCAAAGCAUGAUGCUAUCCUUUCUGGUUCCCCCUUGCCAAAUCUGGUAACAAAUUUCAGCCCUCAGCAGCCGGAUAUAGGUUCUUCCAGCCUCAAACCGGCUGAAUUAAAAGAGACUCUCCCAAGAUCAAAUGCUGACCCCUCUACGCCAGUUGCUGCUGUGACAAAGGUCCAGGCUGAAGAAGAGGAAGAUGAGGAAGAUGAUUUUGCACAGCUGGCCAGAAGGCACUCCAAAACCCGGGCCACACCUUCUCAGAGCACCUCUACUGGAACCAGUGAUAGUACCAACAUUACAACUUCAAUCACACCAGCCAGCUCAACCUCUGAUCCCAGCAAUGCAUUAGCUGUUGUUCCAGUAUCUCCUGCACCAGUUAAGACCACAAAAGAGCAAGACAUGAUUGACCUUCUGAGUCUCACCUUAUCAACAAUAUCAACCUCUCACGAGACACAACCUCCUUCAUCAGCUUCUAACCCAAGCUUGCAGCAAGUGCCUGUUUCUACAACAACGCAGGAGUAUCCUUAUUCUUCUGCGGCUUAUUCUGGAAAUCAAGGACAGGUUCCCUACAGCAAUUAUGUUGUUCCUUGGGCCCAGCCUCAACAAACACAGUCUCAACCACAGCCUCAGCCACAACCACAGCCUCAAAUUCAGCCUCGAACUCAAUAUCCACAGUACUCAUAUGGCUACCCCCCUCCUCCAUGGGCUGCUACCCCUGGUUAUUCUAACCAAAAUCCUUCAUCCUCUGGUUACAUGUAUUCAACUUUGCAAGUCAACACAAAUACAUCUUAUAUGCCAAUGCAAGGGCCUAGACCAUUGCAGCAGUAUAAUUCAUUUUCCUCAAAAGGAAACAAUGGGCUGGCGAUGAAUGGAGAUGGACGGGUGCCUGGUCCUAGGAAUCCUGUCCCUGCAUCAGGAAACAAACCUUUUAUUCCUUCAUACAGAUUAUUUGAAGAUCUUAAUGUUCUUGGCAAUACAGAUGGAAGGCUGAAGAUGACGAGUAGUGCAUCUCCAAGCUUGUCGGGAACUUCAAGUCAAGGUAUGGUGGGUGGAAGGAAAUGAGUUCUUCAAAUAAUGAAUGCUAGAGCUUGUGCAAACAGGACUUGAUACAUGUGAAUAUGGUGUAUAUCAGCUUCUUUUAUAAACUUGGAAUGUAUUUAAAGUCCUUUAUAUUGAUACAAUCAUAGGUUUUUCCA